UGACGACAAACUACCGUUGUCCCUGGUGGAACGACACUAGGAAAAAUGAUGGUUAUAAUGAUUUUAAGUGUUGUGUGGUGUUUGUUUGGAUUGAAGAUGACGGGAGGAAGUGUUGAUCCCGCGAAUAGCAAUGCAGGGGGAUCGACGCAAUGACAUUCUGAAACUAGCACGGGCCAUUCGAGAGGCGGAUAAUCAGAAGGCGCAGUUGCCGAAAGUUCAAGUUCCCCUCUUCGAUGGCACUAAUGCCUCAGCAUGGGCGGACAAGUUUGAGCAAUUGGGCAGCUGUUGUGAAUGGACGAGUGAGAAGACGCUUCAAAUGGUGAAGCGAUAUUGUAUGGUCGAGUAUAAUGAAGAGGCGUCGGAGUUGGUGGAAGCCUCGAGCGACUUGACGGACUUCAAGGCCAAAUUAUUGGACAAGUACCAAUUGGGGGAUCAACUGCUCGACCAGGCAGAUUUACGGAAAAUCAGUCGUCGUAAGUUUGGUACGGCCAAGCAAUUCCUCACGGAGUUCGAACGAGUUGCGCGCUUAGUGCCUGACCUUCUUGGUAAGGAUCGGUGCCUUAUCUUCCUCGAAAAUUUUUCGGAAGUUGAGCAGCGGGAACUGAUGAAGGAUGUGACUGGUCGAUACGACUGGCCAAAGAUCAAGGAAAAUUUGUUGGCUGGAAGCUUUGACCAGAUGCUUUACCGUCUCCUGAAACAGCAAAAGGAGGAUCGUGAAAAGGAAGGGGUAAGCGUGGAUAAGGAUCAAGCCGUUUACAAAACCCUGACUGAUAUGCGGAAUAUGAUGGCUCACAUGAAGGAGGAAAGGUUAAAGCUACAAGUGAUGAUGGUCCAGACGAAAGGAGGGAAGAGAAAGGGGAAAGCACCCGUUAUGGAGGAAGUGAGCAGUAACAGCAGUGAAGAGGAAGAUGAGGAGGAAGUGGAGCCCCCUCGAAAAUUGACCAAGGCAGAAUGGAAGGCCCUGAAUCAGAUACGAGGAGGGCAAGGUACUAGUAAAAAGCAACGAAAGAAUAAUGGGGGAGGUGGACAAGGAAGUAACCAGGAACAGGCGGCACAAGCCCCUCCUCAGCAACCCCAACCUCAGGCAGGAGGCCGAGGCCGAGGUCGAGGUAGAGGUCAAGGCAAUGAGGGAGGCAGAGGAAAUGGGGGCGGCCGAGGUAAUUGACAGAAUUGGUUUUGCAAGUACUGCGGACAAGAUGGGCAUGGGAUACG